UAUACGUUAUGCACAACCGUGUAAUCCGGUUUUUGUUUCGAAGGGGUAUAUGCGGUCAUUACUUGAUUUGUGAAGACAGAGAAACUGAAGAGCACAUAUAGCCUAUUGCGAACAAAACAAUGAAAUUGUCGAAGGUCCGUUUCCUGAUUGUCAGAUGCGGGACGGUUGUCAAGGCUAAACAGUUUUAAACUCUAACGUUAGUCUAGAUGCAUAGGCGUUGUAGGCUGAUAGGCUAUCACUGGAGAGGUGGCACCUGAAUCGCAAAUAGCGUGUCGAAAAUAGCCUAUCGAGAACGUUUCCUCAGAUUGUGUAGCCUAUGGCUCUAUGAUUUUACCCGACCUCUAAUAGAAACGUUUGUGGAUUGGGACGUUUUUACCCAGCCUAAUGAAAAUGGUCCAUGAAAACAAAUGAAAUACGACUGGCUAAUCGGGAAUAACAUAAUGUGGGCAACAACAGAGGAAGAGAAAAUAGGAGUGGUAAUAUGCAGCUUCCGGGGAUGUGUUUCACAUGGCCUGACACUUGAGAUUGGUGAAACUGUGCAGAUUCUAGAGAAGUGUGAAGGAUGGUAUCGAGGGUUUACUACCAAGAAGCCCACAGUGAAGGGUAUCUUCCCUACCAACUAUGUUUACCUGAAGAGGGCUGUAGUCACUAACAGAGGGCAGUAUGAGACAGUGGUACCCCUGGAGGACCCUGUUGUGGCAGAGGUGACAUCCACAUUGCAGGAUUGGGCAGUUCUGUGGAAGCAGUUGUAUGUGCAAAAACACAAAGUAGACCUCUUCUACAAGCUGUGUCAUGUUAUGAAUGAGCUGAUUGACCUGCGGAGGCAACUGAUAUCUGGUCAUCUAACUCAAGAUCAGACCUGUGAUGUGAAGCGCCACAUAACAGUACGUCUGGACUGGGGCAAUGAACACUUGGGCCUGGAUCUUGUCCCCAGGAAAGAGUUUGAGAUGGUUGAUGCAGACCAGAUCAGUGUCUCAGACCUCUACAAAAUGCAUCUCUCUAGCAGACACAGCGUCCAACAGAGCACAACCCAGGGAGACAGCUUGGGCCACCGGCAUGGAGAGGCCUUUCGCAUUCCUGUACCUCACCACCUUUUCAUGAACCUAAAGAGCUUCACUUACAACACCAUUGGCGAGGACACUGACAUCCUCUUCUCACUCUACGACCUAAGAGAGGGCAAGCAUAUUAGUGAGAAGUUUAUGGUGCGACUCAGCAAAAAUGGUGGCCCCAAGAACCCAGAGAAAAUGGAUCGACUGUGUGCUUUAUUCACGGAUUUGAGCAACAAGGACAUGAAGAGGGACCUCUACAUCAUUUCACAAUUCAUAAGAACAGGCCGGAUGCUUCUGAAUGACUCAAAGAAGGGCCCACCUCAUGUACAGUAUAGACGACCAUAUGGAUGUGCUGUGCUGGCCAUGAGUGAUGUACUACAAACCAUCUCAGAGAUGAAGGAGGAGAAGGACUUUGUGCUGAAAGUUUAUACAUGCAAUAAUGAAAAUGAGUGGUGCCAAAUCCAUGAGAACAUCAUCCGAAAGUCCAGCACUAAGUACACUGCACCCAGCACAAAUUAUGGACUGGUCAUCUCUCUGCAGCUGUUGAGAGGAGAGAUUGAGCAGGUCCAAAAAGACAACCCUAUGGUUUUCAACAGAGGUGUAGCCAUCACUCGGAAGGUGGGCUUCCCUGAUGUCAUCAUGCCAGGUGACAUCCGGAAUGACCUGUACUUGACAUUAGAGAGAGGAGACUUUGAGAGGGGCGGCAAAAGUGUUCAGAAAAACAUUGAGGUGACGAUGUAUGUGCUGUAUGCUGAUGGGGAGGUCCUGAAAGACUGCAUCAGCUUGGGGACAGGUGAAGUUUGUAUCACUGAAUACCGUUCCUUUGUGCUGUACCACAACAACAGUCCCCGUUGGAGUGAGAUCCUCAAGCUUCCCAUCCCUAUUGACCGCUUCAGGGACUCGCAUUUGCGCUUCGAGUUCAGACAUUGCUCCACUAAAGAUAAGGGAGAAAAGAAGCUCUUUGGCUUUGCCUUCACGCCACUCAUGAGGGAGGAUGGAACUACGUUGACUGAUGAAAGUCAUGAACUCUACGUUUACAAGUGUGAUGACAACACUACCUUCAGUAACCAUGCCCUUUACUUGGGCUUACCUUGCUGUAAAGAUGACUUCAAUGGCUGCCCCAACAUCCCUUCCAGCGUCAUAUUCCAGCGUAGCAUCAAAGAGACAUUAUGGAUCUCAACGCAACUCUCCUCCACCAAGUUGACACAGAAUGUGGACCUGCUGGCCUUGUUGAAGUGGAAGGCUCACACUGACCAUGUGAUGGACAUCCUUGGCAGACUGCGCCAUGUGAAUGGAGAAGAAAUUGUGAAGUUUCUUCAAGACAUCUUAGACACUUUGUUCUCAAUCCUGGAUGACAACACUGAAAAAUAUGGACCUCUCGUCUUCCAGUCAUUGGUGUUCAUAAUCAAUCUGCUGCGUGAUAGCAAAUACUACCACUUUCGGCCUGUUAUGGACACUUACAUCCAAAAGCACUUUGCUGGAGCCCUGGCCUAUAAGGAGCUGAUUCGCUGCCUGAAAUGUUACAUGGAUCGCUCUGCAGAGGUGGUCAGACAGGACCACAUUCAAGAUGCAAUGAAGGGGUCAGCAAUAGGUGAUGAUAGGGCAGUCGUAGGGAUGAGACUUCAGGCUUUGGAAUACCUCUUCAAAUUCAUUGUGCGGUCACGCAUUCUAUACUCUCGUGCAACCUGUGGAAUGGAGGAGGACCAGUUCCGUGCCAGUAUUCAAGAACUUUUUCAGUCUAUUCGCUUUGUGCUCAGCCUGGACAGCCGCAGCUCGGAGACUCUAAUUUUCACUCAGGCCCCUCAGCCUGCCCAUGGACCACCAGCAGGCUCGCUCAGUUGUUCUCAAGCGUGGGCCUCAGCAUCCCCACGUCCCGCUUCUCUUUCUGCUGCCUUAUUAAACUCAUUCCCAGCCAUAUUUGAUGAGCUGCUCCAGAUGUUUACUGUGCAGGAGGUGGCAGAGUUUGUGCGGGGCACCCUGGGGAGUAUGGCAAGCACAAUUCACAUUGGACAGUCCAUGGAUGUGGUGAAACUGCAGUCCAUUUCACAUACUGUGGACAGUAGACUCUUCUUCUUCCCAGAAUCACGUAGAAUCUUACUUCCUGUGGUUCUACACCAUAUCCACCUGCAUCUUAGACAGCAGAAAGAGCUACUCAUCUGUUCCGGCAUUCUCAGUAGAAUUUUCUCCAUCAUCAAGACCAGCUCACUGGAGUGUUCAGUAUUGGAGGAUGUGGAGAUGAUGGUAGAGAGCCUGCUGGACAUACUCUUGCAGACACUACUGUCUAUCAUGAGCAAGUCUCAGUCUCAGGAGGCGGGCUGUCCCCAGUGCACGGCUGAGAUCACUGGUGAAUAUGUGUCUUGUCUCCUUUCGCUGCUCAGACAGAUGUCAAAUAUCCACUUCCAGCAAAUACUGGAGAACUUCCAGAGCAGGGAGGAGUUGAAGGAGUUCUUGCUUAGGAUCUUCUGUGUGUUUCGUAAUCUGAUGAAACUGAGUAUCUUCCCACGAGAUUGGAAUGUAAUGAGGCUGCUUACCAGCAACAUUAUUGUAACAACAACUCAGCAUCUCUCCCCGGCUCUGCACAAGAACUUUACAGAUUCUGACUUCGAUUUUAAGGUGUGGAACUCAUACUUCAGCUUGUCAGUGCUCUACAUUAAUCAGCCCAGUCUACAACUUGAAAAUUUGAGCUCUGCCAAAAGGAAGAAAGUCCUGGACAAGUAUGGAGACAUGAGGGUUAUGAUGGCCUAUGAGCUCUUCAGCAUGUGGCAGAGCCUCGGUGAAAAUAAGAUCCACUUCAUCCCUGGAAUGAUCGGCCCCUUCUUGGGAGUGACACUGGUACCUCAGGAGGAAGUAAGGAACAUCAUGAUCCCCAUCUUCCAUGACAUGAUGGACUGGGAACAACGCAAGAAUGGCAACUUCAAACAGGUAGAAGCUGAACUGAUUGAUAAACUGGACAGUUUGGUGUCAGAAGGGAAAGGAGAUGAGAAUUACAGGGAGCUAUUCAGUCUGCUCACCCAGCUCUUUGGGCCAUACCCCAGUCUCCUAGAGAAGAUUGAACAGGAAACAUGGAGAGAGACUGGCAUUUCAUUUGUCACAUCUGUGACACGUCUGAUGGAGCGGCUGUUGGAUUACAGGGACUGCAUGAAGGGUGAUGAAACAGAAAAUAAGAAGAUAGGUUGCACAGUCAACCUACUGAACUUCUACAAGUCUGAGAUCAAUAAGGAAGAGAUGUACAUCCGAUAUAUCCAUAAGUUGUGUGACAUGCAUCUACAGGCAGAGAACUAUUCUGAGGCGGCAUUCACCCUGCUUCUGUACUGCGAACUACUUCAAUGGGAAGAACGUCCCUUGAGAGAAUUCCUACAUUAUCCAACUCAGAGUGAGUGGCACCGCAAAGAAGGCCUUUGCCGCAAGGUCAUCCAUUACUUCAACAAGGGCAAGUGUUGGGAGUAUGGUAUUCCUCUGUGCAGAGAGUUGGGCUUCCAAUACGAAUUACUGUAUGACUAUCAGAGCCUUAGCUGGAUACGGAAAAUGGAAGCUGCAUUCUAUGACAACAUCAUCGAACAGCAAAGGCUGGAACCUGAGUUCUUCAGGGUUGGUUUUUAUGGACGCAAGUUCCCUUUUUUCCUCAGAAACAAGGAGUUUGUUUGUAGGGGUCAUGAUUAUGAAAGACUAGAGGCCUUUCAGCAAAGGAUGCUGGGAGAGUUUCCACAAGCUAUUGCUAUGCAGCACCCAAAUCUACCUGAAGAGGCUAUUCUACAGUGUGAUGCUCAGUAUUUGCAAAUCUAUGCAGUUAAUCCCAUUCCUGAGAGUUUGGACGUCCUGCAGUUGGACCGUGUGCCUGACCGCAUUAAGAGUUUCUAUCGUGUGAACAAUGUAAGGCGGUUCCGCUAUGACAGGCCCUUCCACAAAGGCCCUAAAGACCAUGAGAAUGAAUUCAAGAGCCUUUGGAUUGAGAGGACGACACUGACCCUAACCCAUCCCCUGCCAGGCAUUUCUCGCUGGUUUGAGGUGGAAACGAGAGAUCUUGUAGAGGUCAGCCCACUGGAGAAUGCCAUCUCUGUGUUAGAGAAUAAAAAUCAUGAAUUACGCACACUAAUUAGCCAGUACCAGCACAAACGGUUGCCUGGCAAUAUCAAUCUUCUCAGUAUGUGUCUUAAUGGAGUAAUUGAUGCUGCUGUCAAUGGAGGCAUUGCCCGCUACCAGGAGGCCUUUUUUGAUAUGGAAUACAUUGCCAGCCAUCCAGAUGACUCUGAGAAAAUUACCCAACUGAAAGAUCUCAUGGAGGAGCAGGUACAUAUCUUAGGUGUGGGGCUGGCUGUACAUGAGAAGUUGGUACAUCCAGAAAUGCGUCCCCUGCACAAGAAGCUGACUGACCAAUUCCAGAUGUUGCGGAGCAGCUUGUGUCAUGGCCUGGCUGGUCUUGAUAAGCUCAGUUCAGCUUGUUUAGGAGCCAGCACCCCUCGAGGCCUCUUUACUGCUCACACUCCAAUGAGUUCAGAAUCUAUCAAACUUAUUCACAGACACAGUGAGAUGGGGAAUCUGCUAAUCUUGACUGAUGGCCUGCUUGUGGAGCACCCUGAAGAUGUCUACCACAUACAGCCCAGCCCCUCCUCUUCCAGCCUCAGGUCCACUCACUCUGCCCCCUCACAGAUGAUAAAUCCAACAGGCAGCAGAGUGGGUUCCCCAUCAUUGUUGGAUAAAUACAAACACAACAGAGAGAUGUUGAUGCUGCUGCCUUCUCAAAGAGACCAUGCAAUGUACCCCAACAUUAUUGGCAAUGGACAGGUGAUCGGUCCAUGCAAGCCUUGCAGUGAUCCCAAUCUCUCUGUAGCAGAAAAAGUCCUCACUGCGCCUAGCAGCUGGAGUUUGGACAGCGGAACUCGAGAGACACUGCCAUUUCUGUCCACCCAUGUGGGAAAUGUGAUGGCACCCCCAGUACCCCCUCGCAACCUUCCUCCUGUCACUCCUGCACCCUAUACCUGCAUUGCACACCAGUACUCAAUCAGGCCUGGAUGGCAGUAAUUCCACAUUAUCAGGCAGUUCUAGCAGUGGGGUGUCCACCCUGAAUGACAGCAACUUUGGCCAGAGCUGACCACACAUUCAGAUAUGUUGGAUUCCUCUACCAACAAGCUCUGGACCAGUGGCACUGAAGAAGCUGAGACCUACCUGCCUGUGCAUUACAGCGUGUCUGAGCCAGACAACUUGGAUUUAGGCAAG